AUGUGUAUUGACUUAGCAUCAACACAUCUGAAAGCAUAUUUUACUCGCUUCCAUUAUUUCGGACGAGCCAAAAAAUUUCUUGGUCUGAGUGACGAGCUCAAAGAAAUUGUGGUCCUAUUGAAAGCAAUGAGGAGUAAAAAGGGAGGAAAGGUCACAUGGAAUGAUGUCCGGGCAUUUCUGGAUAAUGAACUACGCGAUCGACCAUUCGAGCCCCAUGAACUUCUCAUGAAAUUACGUUUCAUUGAUGAAACUUCAUCUGGAAUGUCAACAGUACGACAUAAUUCGUUCCAAUCUGAUUUCUUUCGUGAUACCGAAUAUCUGAGGAGAAUAACUGCUUUACGCCCCGAACAACCCGCAUAUCUGUAA